AUGGCGGCCGACCUGGACCGGCAGAAUGGCGGCCACUUUUCGGUCGAUGCGGCGCGGCGCAAGAUGGCCGAGGACCGCAAGCGGCUCGAGCAGCUGCUCGACGAGGAGAGCGAGGCGCGCCGGAACGCCGAGGUGGCGCUGCUCAACAGCGAGUCGUCGCUGCGCAAGGACUUCCGCGAGCAGCUGGCCAAGCUGUCGGGCGACGGCCAGGCCGACGACCUGCGGGCGGCGAUGCUGUCGCAGCAGCGCAGCGUCUCGGCCGAGCUCGGGCGGGCGCGGCAGGAGGUGCUCAACGGCGAGCGGAUCAAGUCGCAGCUCGAGAUGGAGAUCUCGGACCUGCAGCACCGCCUCGAGCGCGAGACGCUGCUGCGCAACGAGGACCUGGCCGAGCGGAGGCGGCUGCAGACGGUGGUGCAGGAGUACGAGAUCAACCACGCCGCCAACAACCACACCGUCAACGAGGCGCGCGACGCCGCGCAGCUCUACAAGGCCAAGGCCGACUCGUACUUGAGCAAGAUCGAGAACCUGGAAAUGGAGCGCCUCAAGAGCCAGAAGUCCGAGGGCCUGACCAAGCUGACGCUGCAGGACACGGAGCGCAACCUGCACGAGGCGCUGCUCGACCGCAAGGCGGCCGAGGACAACCUCGUCGAGAUGGAGAGCCGGCUGCGCGAGCUGCACGGCCGUUUCGAGCAGAUUGGGCGCGGGCGCGACCUCGAGAACCUGCAGGCGGUGCGCCAGGAGGUCGAGAGCGAGUUUGAGCGCGAGCGGCAGCGCUACCGCGCCGACCUGCUGCAGCGCGAGGAGGCCCUCGAGAACCAGCGCCGGCGCUACCAGCAAGAGAUCGACUCGAUGGCGGCCGAGAUCGAGGCGCAUCGCACCGCCGUGUCGCAGCUGCGCGACGAGAACCGCAGCCUGCGCGGCUCGGUCGACGAGCUCCAGCUCAAGCUUGACGACACGCUGGCCACUUCGGGCGGGUGGCAGCGCGAAAAGGACAAGCUUGAGACCAAGCUCAAGGAGCUGACGCAGGCCUACCAGGACUCGCUGCACCAGCAGCGUGAGAGCCAGUCGCAGAGCGUGCAGCUGCUGGCGCAGAUCCGCGACCUGCGCGCGCACCUCGAUGAGAGCGAACUCAAGUACGACCAGCUGGCGGCGGCCUACCAGAGCCUCAUGACCGAGGCGGGCGUCGACGAGGAGAUGAUUACGUCGCUGCAGCAGGCCGUCGAGCGGUACAAGGCCCAGGCCGACAGCCACAUGGAAAACUGGCGAAAGACGACGAGGGAGCUCGAGCAGCAAACAGCCCACCUCCGAACGCAGGCGACGCUGCGGCGGCCCGGAUCGAUUCCACCAGAGAGCGUCAUUGGCGCAAACAUGAGCCCGUCGCGCCUGUCGAUGCGGUAG